AUGACGCGAUGGUCAGAACUGAUUCUCUAUGUCGACCGCGCCGUUAUCGUCCUGAACAAGCCUCCAGGGCUCGUUACGCAGCAUUCCGAGAUUCCUAGCGUCAUUCAAGACCUACAGCGCCGCCUGCAGCUGCCACAACCCCCUCUUGGGGUCCACCGUCUCGACAAGGCCACCACUGGCGCCCUCGUUCUCGCACGCUCCAAACGCUUCGCCAGUGACUUCCACACGCAAUUCAAGCAACGAGAUGUCCACAAGACUUAUCUCGCGCUCGUCCGAGCAGGGAGACAGUCAUUCGAACAGACUUCUGGCACAAUACGCGUGCCAAUAGUCUACAAGGACGGACACGCCACAGCGACGCAAAAGCUGCUUCCUGGCGCCGACAACGAAGCACGUGAGGCGCUAACAGGUUGGGAGCUGGUCGCGUCGUCGCCUCACCUGCCGCUUUCUCUACUGCGACUGAAACUGAUAACUGGUAACAAGCACCAACUGCGUGUCCAUCUCGCACACGUUCUCAAAACGCCAAUCUUGGGCGACACGGUCCACUCACUGAAGCCCCCGAUGGACAGUAUCCAAAGGGCGCUUCUGCGCCUCCGCCCGCCGCCAGAAAGCGACAGGAUGUUCCUACACGCUGCCCAAGUGUCGUUUUUCCGGUAUAAACCUGCUGGGUCCCACAGACGGUUUCGCUUGAGGAUCGGCGCACCGCUACCUGACGACUUCCACCAACUUUGCAAGGAGGCGCGGAUUCCGCUGAGCGACGAGGAUGUGAAUGGCGGGCUUGCUGUCUUGACCGACGGCGAAUAUAAGCAGGUGCCAAAUGGCCUGAUUGGGAGCGUGGAUGGGCAGUGGAUGCCUGACGAUUCGUGGAUUCCAAAGACGGGUAGCCCAUAUGAGCCACGGGUAAUCUAG